UUGUAUGUAAAGUGUAGAAAGUUUCAUUUUGAUAAAAAUGGCUUUUGGGAAUAAAUCUUCAGAUACGAUAAAUCGACAUGAUAUUGAGAACGCAUCAAACAGCGUUCCUAAACCAAAAUCAAACCACUACGAAGUAUUCAAUAAGAUUUACAGCAUUAAUUUGUUUUACGGAACCGUUGUCGGACUAAGUAUUGAAAGUAGCUGGAAGUACAAUAACGGGACACGUUGGACCAAGUUUAUGUUGAUUUUUGGAACAGGUAUCACAAUUUACUCACAUUUGUUGGUCAUAACCGAACCAACGAAAUUGAUCGAAGUAUUCAGUCUUUUCGGUAUCAUUAUUCCGGCGUUCGCGAAAUUUAAUUUAUUUGUUAGGACCUAUUCCAAUGCCAUGGCAUUCAGUGCCUUUCUGCGCAAUGUAUUCAAAACAAUCACUGAAGGACCAAGUGCGUUUGUAUUACAAACACAUGUCGAAGCAACAUUUACCAUCGUAAAGCUGUGCAUAUUCGUGCAAACGUUUGCACUUUUCGUUUUUGUUUGGUAUCCCAUUUACAGCUAUAUUUUCAACAAUGAGUUGGUGCCAAUAAUGCCAAUGCAAUUUCCAUUUGUCGAUCAGACGACAACAGGCGGUUUUAUCGUAGCCGCUUUAAUGAUGCUGAAAAUGGGUGUGUGGGCGUAUUUUGGCUCUGUUGGAUUUGAUCUAUUCUUAGCAUCAUUGAUUGACAACUAUUGCGCUUUGGUAAAACUAUUGCAACAGGACCUUUCGGAUUAUAUUCGAAUUUCUAGGAAAGGCAGUGGUUAUUCGGAGCAAUACAAAAAAGCUUUUUUCCGAAAUUUCCUGAUGAAAUGUCAAGAUAAAGACAGAUUUAUUCAGCUUGUCAAUGAUGCGUACGCCGAUGUGAUUUUUAAGCAAUUCGGCAUGGUGUAUGUAUGCCUAAACUUUACCAUAUACGCCAUCAUCCGAAGUAAUUGGUAUUCGGGCUAUGGAAUACUACUCUUUGGUCUAACUGAAUUGUACAUUCUUUGCAUAUUGGGAACUGCAAUCAAAACGGAGAACGACAAUUUUUCUGCUGCGGUCUAUGACAUACCAUGGUAUGAGUAUCCUCUAACCGAACAAAAGAAGGUUCUGUUGUUAUUGCAUUCAUCGCAAAAUGCAAUGGAACUUUGGAUCGGUCCAGUCGCUCCAUUAAACGUUGAAAGCGCAAUGGAGAUAACCAAAAGUAUUUAUUCAACGUCGACGAUGAUAAUCAAUACAACGGAAUAAUUUUGCAUCGAUUUG